AUGGCUAUCUUUGUCGAUGAUGCGCCCAAGCUGGGGGGCAGCGUCAUUAUGUUUACCUGUCUCGCCUUCAUCUCCUACGCCUUGCGGGUGUAUUGCCGUGUGUCGAGGAAAUCAUGGAGUGCGGAGGACUGGAUCAUGACUUGUGCAGUGCCGCCUUUCUGUGUGCUCGCGGCAGGCUGCUUGGGAGGAUCGUUCAAUGGAAUCGGUGUCCACAAUGCUGUGUUGCAAAAGCCUGAGAAUGUGCAGUAUCAGGCACAGGUCGGCUAUGUCGCCGCCAUCAUCCCCAUCAAGCUCAGUAUCAGUUGGAUGUUGAUCCGCGUCGCCGAGGGCCGCAAGAUAGCCAAUUGGGACAAGAGCCUGCUCGAAAAGGGUGGCCAUUGUCAACCGCCCCACGUCCUCGCUGAUAUCUACUACGCCACAACGGCCGUGAACAUCCUGACCGACUGGGUGACUGCUAUGAUGCCGAUCCCCCUACUUUGGCACGUGCAGCUGGAGCGCAGUGCCAAAGCAUCGAUUAUUGGACUGAUGAGUCUGGGUGCUUUGGCUUCGGUCUCCGCCUGCGUCCGCCUGAAAUAUACCGUCAACCUGACCAACCAAGCCGACUUCCUCUUCGCCGUCGCAAACGUCGUCAUCUGGGGUUUCGCCGAGAACGCCCUCGGCAUGACAGUCGGCAACAUCGCGACCCUCCGUCCGCUCUUCCGCACCAUCCUCAACAAGACCGUGCGCAAGAACUACGGCAGUCGCUCGUACGGCCGCUCCGGUGCGUCGCGGUUCGCGCCGGCAUACGAGCUCUCCGGACACCGCAAGGGCGACGGCAGCAAGUUCUCCACAGAUGUGAAGGAGCUGCGCGGGCACAAGCGGGAUAGCGAAUUGAGUGAUGGGGAUAGUCAGACGCAGAUCAUGGGGCACGAUGGGAAUACGCAGAUUAUGGUUAGUCGGCAGGUUAAUAUUAUGUAUGAGUAG